GUGACAUUUGGUUGCUAUAUAGUGCUGGCAUCCAAAUUCAGCAGUCUCCUCUUUGGACAUUUUCUCGUUGUAACUGCUUCCUUCAUCACUCUUCCCUGUUCACUGUCAUUCAUCUCUCUCUUCUCUGACCCUGCUGAAGGACAUUGUUUUCUCCCUCAUUCACCUCUGGAUAUUGGUGAUUUUGAGUGCAUAACAUCUGCCUCCAGCUCUAAGCAAUUCUUGGUAUCCAAAGACUCCCAGGGCAAAACCAACAUGCGUUGGUUGGGUCUUUCUGUUGAUGUGUUCCGCCGAGUUGUGAGGUUGAACCUGCAUUGUAAAGUUAUUCUGUAGCUCACAGUUCCCAUAAAUCCUAUCGUUUGUUACCUUCGGUUCGUUGUUCUCAGGUACUGACAUGGAAGCCAACCGUUGUGUGUUUAUUUCUUCUGAUAAGUAUAGAAUUGGCUAAAAGAUAGGAAGCGAAAGCUGAUUCUGUUUGUGUUUUUAGUUUGUCCUAAUCUCAUAUUGUUCUCUAGUUCUACUGUUUUUGUAUUUUGAUUGGUAUCUUAAUUGUCAUAUUCUAUUGAGAAUUUACUGUGUACGUUUAGACUGAUUGAGUAGUGUGGUGAGGAUCAAAAGAAGUUAUGGUAAGCCAAGCAGCAAGCCAAACGAAAUUCCGAGCAUUGAAACAUGAGAAUGGCAUUGAAGGUGAACCAACAAUUAUUGUUAAAGUGAUAGCAUGCUUUCAACCCUUGCACUCUUGUCAGGCUGAGUACUUCCGUCAAUUGCUUAAGCCUGUCACGUAGAUUGAUUCACAGUUCUUUCAUACUAAGUUGGAGUUUUUAGUUUUCCUUUUCAUUCCUCUUUUCCUGAGAGAAGCAGUAAGUUACCAAAGAUCUCAUAAGAGCACCAUAGCAUCUACUGGUCAGUUUUAUUGAAUGGUUAAGGCUGGCAGGUCUUUGCCUCGUCCACAUCAUGUGGCUUGGCAAUCACCUUAUUCGAAUUUCUCAAGUGUGCUGCCGAACCCUACCUUACUUGGUGUUCCAGCAUAUCUAAAUUCUAGCACUUGCAAUUUUCCCACGGUCGGUACACUUCCCAGACUUGCAGCUCCUGCUAUCCCAAGUCUGAAGUCUGAGCUUACAAAUGAAGCGAAAGGGUUCCUUCACUACCCCAGUGUCGAAACAGGUUUCAAAGAAACACAUACUGUAGGAGCAUUUCAAAAUGUAAAUCCUACAUCCUUGCAGCAGAAGUUACUGAUCUUUGACCAUUCUGGUAAUAAGACAAGGAUGUUUUAUGGUCCAGUUCUCCCUCCUGUCCAGAGUCCAAUUGUUACCGCUACUAAAUUUGCUCAAAGUCGUAAUGUAAAUGGGGAGAGACAGGCAAGUAAUAUGGGCCAAAAAUAUGUCGCUGGUUACAGUUUACCAGAAGAGUCUGUUAAGGAUCAUAUAGUUAUUGAAGAAAGUGAAUAUCAUGAAGACACAGAAGAAAUCAAUGCAUUGCUUUAUUCUGAUGAUGACUUCGAUGGAGAUGAUGAUGAUGAGGUAACAAGUACAGACCGUUCCCCUCUGGCAACCAAAAGGACUUAUGUGAUGCAAGAACAAUAUGGAGAUGCAAAAGAUAAGGUUGCUAGUUCUGAAUCUUCUGAUUGUCCUAACAAAAGACUGAAAUUGAUUGAUGAUGGCUACAACGGAUCGUCCGCACUUGUGGACAAUGCUAGUUUGGUAAGACUAAAUGAAACCUCUGAGUGUGUUAGUGAUGCUGAAUCAAAGAAUUCUAGUGGCUGGGGACAUUCUGUUGAGAAAACUAAGGUAGAUAGUUCAAUGGUGGAUGGUAUCAAGUCGAAAAAGUUAAAGAUCCGUGAAUCAUUGCGAGCUCUUGAGAAUUUAAUUCCUGGUGAAAAAGGAAAAGAACCACUUUCAGUCAUUGAUGGAGCUAUUGAGUACUUGAAAUUUUUGAUGUCCCAAACUAGUAGUAAUCUUGGAGUGAAAUAUGACUAAGUACUCAUUGUCAUUGAAGGACACAUGCAAGGUGAAAAGAUGUACAGUUCUUUGUAUUCUUAGCUAUGCUAGUUGAUUUGCUUAUCGUAGUAAGUUUGUUUCUCUCAAAAAUAUCCUCUUUCUUGAGGUGUAUAUAUGGUUGGGAAAUAAAGGUAAUAGUGUUACACUAUCCCUGGGAAACACAAGUGUGUUUGCAGCGAAAAGAGACCCUACCCGGCUCGAACUGGAUUGCCUCGGCUACCUGAGGUUUAAAGAAAAAGAUACUACUACACUAUGCCACUGUAGUUGGAGAAAAAUGCAGGAUGGGGUUUCAACUUGUUGACCAAAAUGAUUACCCUGUAGCUUUUUUGGAUGGAGAUGCUAGUGGUGGGGUAUUAUGUAAAUGAGGACACUUUUCCCUCAAGUGUUGCACUCUCUUGGUGAUUGAAUUGAAUGCAUGCGCAUUAGGCAACUGAGGUCCCACUUUCCACCCUCCUUUUCAUUCUUGAGUUAAUGCUUUUGUCCUCUCUUUCAAGAUAUGAGCUCUAAAGUGCCAAGAAAGUUUCCUGAUUUCUGGCAGAAAGCCUGAAAGGGGGAGUAUAGUGUUUCAUCAUAAGUUGCUGGGGCCCUUUGAAUGGAUAUAGAAAAGAUUACUUUGUUUUACAUGUUGAUGAGGGAGGAAUGAAUGAUGAUGUGCAAUUCUAGUUUCUACUUUGUAAUUCAUAGGUGGUUUGUGUAUUGUGGGUCUCUUUUUCAUGAUGCUAUCAUGCAUCUGUCGGCUGUGUGAUUGUAUGAAACUAUGAACAAUUGAAGUGUGAAUGCUCUGCACAUGUUUUGGUUUAACCUGCACAUCUUUUCAGUUAUUAUCUGAUGUGCUUCAUGUUUGUGCAUCUUGAAUAAUUGAAUAUCAUCUUUGAUCAA